AAAAAAAAAAAAAAAAAUUCACAAAUUCAAAAUCAAACAAACCCGCUAUUUUACAAAAUAAACCCUAAUCUAGAUUCUAGAGCGGUGUCAGCUCUAUCUUGCUCGUCUCCGGCUUCCUUCACCGUCGUCUUCCUUUCUCUUUUGGCUUCGGUGAAACACAGCGCCGCUGUCUUCGUCUUCCUCGUCCCUGGCUUUGCCUUCCUUCCUGGUCCUAGAACGGUGCCACAUCGGCUUGCCUUUGCAAAACAGGCAGGUUUUUGCGGGCCUAAAUAAGCUGAGUCCCAACCUUGGCGCGAGGGGCGACGUCGUAUUGAUACAAAGGCCAUGAGGUUUGGUUUCGAACUAACGGAAUUCAAAGCUCCUCCAUCUCCCACGCCUUCGCCGUCGAAUUCGACUCCCAGAGCUGCUGAGCUCCAAUGGAUUCCCAUUCAGAACCACCCGCUAUUCACCCCCGCUGCCACUCUACCCAGCGUCGCCGCCGCCGAAAGAUUGCCUCCGAAUCUCAUGGCGUGGGAUGGAGACUCUCGGCUUUACUUCUGGGAUUUGAGCAAGAAAUGUCUUCACCGGAUUUCGAUACGAUUGGGUGAACCCGACCCAGCCUCCAUUCUCGCUGCUUCGCCCUCUAAGGUGUUAUGCCCAGAUGUGCCACUAAAUUUUGAGGUGAAUAGAAUUUCCAUCAACAGAAAUGGAUCAGCUUUGUUUCUAGCUGGACUGGAGGGCCUGCAGGUAAUGUAUCUGUAUGGACGGUCGUCAGUGGAAGAGAAUACAAUUAUCUGCCGGACUGUUUCAGUUGGCGCAGAACUCUACUUCAUUAAAAACAACUUUGUGCGUACCCUACAUAUUUCUUGGCACCCCUACAGUGACACACACAUGGGAAUCUUGUCUUCUGAUUCUGUUUUCAGGAUUUUUGAUUUGUCUACAGACACCACACAGUCCGAGCAAGAAUAUUAUUUGCAACCUAUAGAACCUAGCAGUUCUAGUAAGGCAGCUGCAACAUGUCCAGUCUCCUUCUCUUUUGGGCAGGAUCAUUUGUGGGACAAAUUCAGUGUUUUUUUCUUGUUUGGCGACGGAUCAAGUUACGUAAUUUGCCCUGUUGUUCCUUUUGGAAGUGUCUACAAAUGGGAAUCAAUUUUGGAAAUUUAUACUGAUGCUUGCACAUUUGGGUUGAAAUCUGCUGAUUCAAAAGCUGUUAAUAAUUCUAAUAUGGCGAUUUCUUGGCUGGAGGCAACCUUCCCUGAAUUAGAAGGUCAAGGUGGAGAUGGUAGAAAAUUGUAUGGAGUGGCAAAAUCUCAGCCUUUUGUUUUAUUUGAUGCAUCAGUGUUGUUGCAGGGACCUCUGCGUAAAGUAUGUAAUGGUGCGACUGAAGAUCCUGAAGUCCAAAAUGGAGUGUUUAAUGGGCGUGCUCUUGGUUUCCUUUAUAAUUUAGUUGGAAAAGAUUCAAUUCUUGUCACUGCUUGGAGUGGUGGGGUACUGCAAUUUGAUGCUUUAGCUGAUGAAAUACAGCCGGUCUGGAAGAUGGAUGCUGCACCUCGCCUUUGUGUUGAUUCUUCUAACCGGAUUGUUGGUGCAGCUAUGAUUUGUGAAUCUGCUUCAAGUGACCUCUCUUUGACAGAGCUUGAUCACCACCAUUCUGCUUGGUUGGGACAUCCACCUCCUUUACUGAGUUUAGCCAUUGUUGAUUUAGCUUUGCCUGAUGAAAACAGCUCUUUGGCUAUGAUAGCUGAUCCCCUUUUUUCUGAAAGAAUAUUUUGUGUUCAUUCUGGGGGCAUAGAUUCAAUUGUGUUGAAUUUUCUCCCAUUCACACACCAGGCAAGUGGCAAGGAAAAGCCAAUGAAAACCCCAUCUGUGUUUUCAGUCCUCACUACGUGCCCGGGUGACUUAUCCUCACCGUCACCUCUUCAUGGUUUCCUGGCUUUGUCAGAUUCCUUUGGAAGCUCGUGGAUUUUGGGGCUUACCACUUCAAAUGACUGUGUAGUGCUACAGAUGGAGACUUGGAAUCUGUUGCUUACUGAUCUUGUAGAAAAGCUGAGUGAAACUGCCCUCCCCGAAGAACCAAAAGAGAAGGAAACUCCAACAAUCAUCAGCAAAGAACUCCUUAGUGGACCUAAGGCAGUUCUUGUGCCACCUUCUGCACCAAAUAUACGAGCUGUUAUGGCUGAUUCUAUUGAAGGACGAUCCCUGCUUCAUCAGUGCUUCAAGCUUUUUCAUGAAAAUUAUGUAGAGUACGCACACAAGGUGUACUUUGAACUUGAGCAUCAUGCUCCUCAGUUAAAAAAGAUACUUGUUAACCAGAGUUCUCGAAUACAAGAAAUGAAAAAUAAGCUUUCGGCUGUUGAAAGAAAACAAGAAAAUAUAGAGGAUCGCGUAGCUCGUGCUGUUAGACUUCAUAGCUCCCUGGAAGAGCGCUUACAAAAUUUGAGGAGGCUGCCUGGAGCGCACAAAAAACCACUUUCCAAAGCAGAGCGAGAUUUCAAGCUAGAACUUGAUAAAUUUACUGGAAUCGAGUUGGAUGCCUUGCACUCUUCCAUAGAGGCACUAAGCGCAAGACUGAAAAGGCACAUGCAUUCUCCACAGGCUAAAUCCACAGUUCAUCGAGCACGGAAACCAGUUAGGAGGGGGAACACAGUUGAAGAUGAUGAAGUAUCAAAACUUAAAACUACACUCGAGAAACUUGCACUGGUGAACAGCGAGAACAGCACCAAGGUGAAGCUUGUUGAUUCUGCAUUGAAAAGCAGAGAAAUCAGUGAUUGAUGGAUCUAAUUAUCAAAAAUUUAUAUCCUUCAAUGUUCUUGAAGAAAUAUCUAUUGGUCAUAUGCACGACAGAACCAUAGAUAGCACUGGCGGGUAUUUUUGGGCAUGUGCUGAGAUCAAUGGUCUUUACUACAAGUAAGAUAAUCUCGCCUUUUCUCUAGUAGUAACAGAAUGUAGAUUACUUCCGGGAGAAAGUGAAGUGUUUACUGACCUCAAAUGUUCCCUUAAGCGAUUCGAUAGGCAAGCACAGGGACAACAAAAUAUAUAUUGUUGGUAUAUGAUUGGAAAUAUGUUAGUCUAUUUUUCAGAAUCUUCAGCAGUUCCUGAUAAGGAAAGUUAUCUUAAAGGUAA